UAUAGAAGCAUCUUCAUUCGCAUUUGUUUACUUGCGGAGGAAGCUACGCUAGCGAGUCCGUUAGCUAACACUACGCAAAGUUUGCCUUUACAGAUCAUCAGCCAUGGGGAAGUCGUUUGCAAAUUUCAUGUGCAAAAAGGAUUUUCACCCUGCGUCGAAGUCAAAUAUCAAAAAGGUAUGGAUAGCAGAACAGAAACUGACGUUCGAGAAGACCAAGCAAGAAGAACUUAUGCAGGCCUAUCUGAAAGAGCAGGACAUUUACAACAACAGGUUGUUGAUGGGGGAUGAUCGUGUUAAAAAUGGCCUCAAUUUUAUGUACGAGGCUCCACCUGGAGUAUCUAAUGAGGAAAAGAAAGAGGACGGGGAAGAAGAGUACAAGUUUGAGUGGCAGAAGGUGGCUCCUCGAGAGAAGUAUGCAAAGGAUGACAUGAAUAUUAGAGAUCAGCCGUUCGGAAUCCAGGUUCGCAAUGUGAGAUGCAUCAAAUGUCACAAAUGGGGACAUGUGAACACAGACAGAGAGUGUCCUCUCUACGGGCUGUCGGGGAUCAAUGCCAGCUCUGUGGCCACAGAGGAGGCAGCAGGUCCGUCGAUGCACCCCUCGGAGUUAAUGGCGGAGAUGCGAAACAGUGGGUUUGCCCUGAAAAAAUGUGUCCUUGGUAGGAAUGCUACUGUUUGUGAUCCAUCGCAGGAAUAUGUUGCCAGUGAUGAAGAGGAUGAUCCUGAGGUGGAAUUUCUGAAGUCAUUAUCAACCAAGCAAAAACAGAAGCUCCUCAGAAAACUUGAUCGCCUAGAAAAGCAGAAAGCCAAGAAAAAGAAGAGCAAGAAACAGAAGAAAAGCAAAAGAAAGCACAAGAAAAAGCACGAAAGUAGUGACAGCUCUACGGACUCCUCCGAUAGCAGCGGCAGUAGUGACAGUGGCUCAGAUUCAGACAGUGAUGGCAAGUUCAAGAGCCAAAAGAGAAAGAAGAACAAGAAAAAAGAUUCCUGUCGGGAUAACAGCUCUAAGAGCGAGCGGCGAGUCAAGAGUCAGAAAAAGGCCUCCUCUCAUAGGAGUAGGUCACCGAGCCCCCACACUAGACAGAAGCAGCCUGAAGAGGAGUCCGGAGAUUAUAGACAAACAAGGACAGAGAGGGGAAGGACCAAGAGUCGAAAUCGCAGCCCUGAGAACAAGAUCAAGCAGGAGGGAGGUCAAGAGAGAAAGAGACACAACAGCAGGGACAGGCAGAGACCUAGCAGCUCUAAGUCUGGCUUGGACAGAAGUAGGAGCCGCGAGAAAAGCAGGGAGGACAGAGGUAAAGAUGGGCGUCACAGUGGAGCUGGUGAGAGGAACAGAAGUAGCACAGAUGGAAGGAAGGGCAGAACAGCAGAUGGGAGGAGCAGAAGCAGGGAAAGGAGGAACGAAAGGGAGGGCAGAGGAAGAAGUAGGAGUAAAGAGAGAAGAGAGAGAAGCCAAGACAGAGCCAAAAGAAAGCACUGAUUGUUUCCCUCUUACAAUAUUAAACAAAAAAUGAAAAUGUUUAUUAUUAUAUUAUUUUUUUGAUGACUGUUAGGUGCUAUUGGUAAUCAGUGUCCCUCUAUUAAAAAUCGCAGAUAUUG